AUAUUUUGAUUGACAUUUACUUAAAAUGUUUUAUUUUUGUAUCAAAAGCAAAACUAAUAAUCUUAAAACCAGUUAAUUUUAACAAAGUUUUGUUCGGUUUUUUGUAGUCUUCCAAAUAGUCCAAUAUUAAAAUGAUAUCGCGAUCUAAACACCGCUCAACAGUUGAAGUUUGUUCGGACUGCGGGGCAUCAGAUCCUACGUGGGCGUCGAUCAACCGUGGGUUGUUACUUUGCGCAGAAUGCUGUAGUGUACAUCGGAGUAUGGGAAGACAUAUUUCCCAUGUUAAAUCGCUGCGGCAAGGUUCCUGGCCACCCUCUUUACUAGCGAUGGUGCAGUCACUUACAGCUCAAAAUGUGAAUAGUAUAUGGGAACAUUCGUUAUUGGACACUUCAGCGCCAAAACACUUGCGUAAAAAACCGCAACCCAAAGAUCCACUACAUCCGAUAAAGUCAGAAUUCAUACUGGCAAAACACUUGCGCUUGGCAUAUGUUCUGAGAGCCAGACGAGACGAACCACCCAGUGAGUUGGGCAGACAGCUGCACAGUGCAGUCAGGAGCUCCUCACUUGACACAGCUAUGCGGUUACUGGCACAAGGUGCUGAUCCCAAUUAUUACAAUCAGGAGAAGGGAAGUGCAUGUCUCCAUGUAGCAUGUAGAGCGGGCCAGCCAGCACAAGCCGAGCUCUUAGUAGCCUGGGGUGCAGAUCCCAAUACAAGAGAUAGCUCCGGAAAUACACCUGCUGAUUGUGCAAGACAAGGUGGGCAUAUAGAGCUAGCGGAGAGAGUCACAGAGUUGGUGUACGAGGCGACGGAUCGUAUGAUUGUAUUCCUGACUGGCGAACGGCCUGCACACGCCGCCGGCCGGCACUUCUUGAUACCACGGGCGCACGACACGCACGAGAUGACGGAUGUCGCUAAAGCGGCAAGAGGCAAGCUGCAACUGCUACCAAAUCAUCUUUUUGAAGAGUUGGUGAUGGACAUUUACGAUGAAAUUGAUCGGAGAGAGACUGAAGCGAUUUGGCAAACCGAGGCGAGCGGUCUGGAGCGAUGCGGCGUAGCGUUCCUGCCGGUGAACCCUGCGCUGUCCGCGCCGAGGAACCAGGGCCGGCAGAAGCUGGCACGCCUCUCCGCGCCCGAGCUGGCCGCGCUACUGCGAGAUGUGCUGCUGGAUGCCACCAGGCGGCAGCGGUUGGCGACACUCCAUCCCAGAGCACCUGGUGGUCCUCUCAACCCAUUGCUGUCUGCAAGUCAUUUGAAGCACAUGUCACAAAUGUCAGACGAUGAGCCCCUUUAUGACUCCGUGGCCUCUGACGACGACUACGCGGCUCUCACACCUAUAGACCUAGAUUUACAGAUGACGAACAUUCAUCCAAGAACUGCAGAAGCUGUGUCAUCAACCUACAACCCAUCAUUACCCAACGACCAAACGGACUCGAAGCGAACUCAAUCACCUAUCACAUCGAAUAACGCACCGGAACACAUCGAAAUCGAAACACUAAAAAAGGAACUCGACAAUAGAGAUUCAACGAUCACGGAACUCAAGAAUCAAUUAAAGAAUUUACAAACGAUAGUUGAACAGCUGACGAAAGAAAAUAGUGUAUUAAAAACUACUAGUAGUAUAGAUGAUGACCAGAGCAUGACGUCACAGACUUCUAUAAGUGAGAGUGGUGUGUUGGAGGGGAAGUUUCCAGAAAGAGGGCGGAGUCUAGAGACGGACCAGCUGACGUUGAGCGAGGAGGUUGACGUGCGACAGAGCUCGAAGCCCCAGCGACCGGUCAGUAUGUAUGAGGCUAGGGAGGGCCCAAAGAAUAACUGGCAGGUUACUAAACAUCAGUUAACAAGUCUGCCGGGUCUGGAGCGGUCGCUGACGCAGAGUGCUUUAGACGGCGAAGAGGGCGUGUCGCUGGGGGCAGAGGGCGGGGCGCUAGCGGGCGAAGAGGCGGUGCAGCGGCGUGCGGAGGCGGUAACGCGCGCCAUACAGGACCUGUGGGCCGCCGCCCGUCUGCAGCAGCCCCAUUUGGCGGACCGUGCACAACACAUACGACGUGCUGUGCGCGCUCUCUUAGCACUAUUCCCACAGAAUUGCUCGGACCCGACACUGCAGGAAGUGGUGUACAGCUUGCGCGUGGCAAGCGAGGAGGUGCAGGCGGCGUGCGCUGCGCCCGCUUCGCUGGACCGCGUGCGCGCCGCCGCCUAUGAGCUGGCGCGCGCCACCAAGCUGCUCGUCACCCGCGCGCACCCCUCCUAGCGCCCGCUCCCCGCGCGCGCGCACGACACCCUUUAGUGCCCGCGCACGGCCCUGACACCUGACAUGUGCCUCAAUGGCACCAUGUUAUAGUGAACAGUGUACUAACAUCAUUGUGAACAGUGUUCUAACAC